GCGUGCAGCUCUAUUUCCGUGCCGCCCCGGCCCUCCCAACGAUGAUGUAAUGUCAUGAAUAUUGAAACAGGUUGCUUGGUGGUCGGGAGGCGCUCGAGUCAGCAUCCCUUCUGCCUCCCCAUCACCACUAUACCCUUCAGCACUCGACAAAACACCCAGAGAAAGCUGCGGGGAUACGGGUGAAGGGGAUGGAUGUUGUUGAGGAUGAGCUGAGCCUUUGACACCACGAUGAACUCAUCCUCUGCCGACUCCCCGCGGCAGCCAGACAAUAGCAGCCGGAAGCAGCCGCGGUCGUCGUCUCCGGCUGGGCUCAAAGACGGUGGAUCUAAAGCUACACAGAAGGGCAGCAACUCGUCAAAGCCCAUCACGUCAAAGCAAGGAGCAGGAGGAGGAGGAGGGAGAAACAGCCGAGGUCAUUCUCCCGUCUCCGCAGGCAGGGAGCGGCAGGCCACAGGCGCUCCUGCCGUCAAAGGCGCGGCUGCUGUCCAGGCUGCCGGUGCUGAAAGCCCGACGCUGAGCAGGACCGCGGCGGCGGACAGAGGUGGCAUCGACACACCGGAAGACUCCCCCCGCCUUGUCGUCGGUGCCUCCUCGCCCUCCAGAGCAGAUCCGAACCGCGUCGUCUCCGAUCAGCCUUGCGCAUCCAAAUCCCCAAAACUGAGGAGCAAAACUUCGAGAGGUGGGGAGGCCGCAGCGGCGACGGCCACGACGAGCGGCAACAAGAAGAGCUCCAAAAGCACGAUAGGCUGCGGGCCCGGUUUCUGGAAGGAGGGAUGCUUGCAGUCCGAGCUCAUACAGUUUCAUUUGAAUAAGAGCCUGGGGAAGAAAGGGACAAAGAUGCAGACGAAAUCAGCGACACCGCCGGCCCAGGAGCCGGAGCUGUCCCCCGAGCCAGACCGUCCACAACCGGCUCCACAGCCAGACCAGAUGCUACAAGAAGAUAUUGAGAAGCUGGAGGAUGAAAACGACGAUCUUAAGGCGGAAAUCGAGGAGAUGCGUGCAGAGAUGGAUGAGAUGCGGGACACCUUUUAUGAGGAAGAUGCCUGCCAGCUGCAGGACAUGCGCAGAGAGCUGGAGAGAGCCAACAAGAACUGCAGGAUCCUUCAGUACAGACUGAAGAAGGCCGAGAGGAAAAGGCACCGCUUCGCAGAAAGUGGCGAGGUGGAUGGAGAGCUGCUCAGAAGUCUGGAGCAAGACCUCAAGGUGGCGAAGGAUGUGUCCGUGCGCUUGCAUCACGAGCUGGAGAAUGUGGAGGAGAAGAGGACAAAGACAGAGGACCAGAAUGAGAAGCUGAGGCAGCAGCUGAUACAGGUGGAGGUCACCAAGCAGGUCCUCCAUAAUGAAUUGGAGAAAAGCAAAGAGCUCUCACUGAAAAGAAAAGGAAGUAAGGAUGGACAGAAAGCAGAGAGAAAGACACCACAGACCCCCAUCGAGGAGGAAAAUGAGGAUCUGAAAUGCCAGCUGGCCUUUAUCAAGGAGGAAGCCAUCUUGAUGAGGAGAAAAAUGGCAAAGAUUGACAAGGAGAAGGAUCGACUGGAUCAGGAGGUGCAGAAGUACCGCUCCUUCUACGGAGACGUGGACAGCCCUCUGCCUAAAGGGGAGGCUGGAGGGCCACCCACCACCCGCGAAUCGGAGCUGAAACUCCGCUUGCGCCUGGUGGAGGAGGAGGCGAACAUCCUGGGGAGGAAGAUUGUGGAGCUGGAGGUGGAGAACAGGGGGCUGAAGGCUGAACUGGAUAACAUGAGGGAGGACAGUCUGGCGGCAGCAGGAGUGGACAGCUCUGGUAUUGGAGGUCAACAGUGCAGAGAACAGGGCGAGGUCCUGUCAGAGCUGAGGCAGCAGCUUCAGCUGGUGGAGGACGAGGCAGAGCUUCUCCGCAGGAAUUUAGCAGAUGUGGAAGAAGAGAACAAAAAGGUGACGAAUGAACUCAAUAAACUGAAAUACAAGGCAGGAUCCCAUGAAGCAGGAUCGAGACAUGGAGGAGGAGCCGACUCCGCUAAACUGGAGGCCGUCCAGGAGGAGCUGAAAGCCGCACGUCUGCAGAUAAAUGAACUGAGUGGCAAAGUCAUGCAGCUCCAGUACGAGAACCGCGUGCUGCUCUCCAACAUGCAGCGCUACGACCUGGCAUCCCACCUGGGCAUCCGCAGCAGCCCCCGAGACAGUGACGCAGAGAGCGACGGGGGACGGGACGACGACACGCCCUCGGCCUCGGCGGCCCCACCCCGCCUCCUCCCUCCCCCGCGCAAGCGCGAGGGCCCUAUCGGAGGGGAGAGUGACCCGGACGAGGUGAGGAACAUCCGCUGCCUCACACCGACACGUUCCCUUUACUCACCUGUAGAGAGUCGUUUUUUAGCCAGAAGCCUGAAGGACCGGCAGCAGAUGAUAGACAUCCGCAUAGAGGCGGAGAGGCUGGUUCGGACCAUCGACAGGCUCAUCACUGACACCAGCACUAUCAUCGCCGAGGCCCGAGUGUACGCCACCAACGGGGAGCUCUUUGCCAGGCUGGAUGAGGAUGAGGAAGGUGGCAGGAUCAGAGAGCAUGAGCUGCUGUAUCGGAUCACCGCCCAGAUGAAGGCCUUCAAGAAGGAGUUGCAGAGCUUCAUAGACCGGCUGGAUGUCCCCAAACAGGAGGAUAAACAGGCAGAGGAGCCACUGUCUAUGUUUCAGCCCAUUAUUUUGCUGAUCCUCAUUCUUGUUCUGUUUUCCUCACUCUCUUAUGCCACCAUUUGUAAAUUGGUAUUCCUUUUCACCCUGUUUUUUGUUCUGUAAAGCACACCCUCGAUAUCAUAUUGUGUACAUUUUCAUUAUUUCUUUUUUACUUAUACAUUUAUUUCAAUUCUGUUAUUUUGAACACGUCACACAAGGCCACUCAAGGUACAGGACAUUAUCAUUUUCCAUGUGCGAUCCAAGCCACUCAUCUACUCGGAUGCUUUCAACAUUUAUUGGAGACCAAACACCGUGGAGCGACAGUGUACCGUUAGGGAGGGGAGAACCGGAGGAUUCUGCUGGAACUGAAGACAGUUUUGGAGGAAGUGCAGGUGGAGGUGAAGAGAGAGGAGGAGAAGAGG